AUGCAAGUCACGUGGCACACUCGCCCCCUCCGUACCUGGAGCCUAAGGUGGUGCAGCCCAGGUGCAAAUUAACCACCUGGGCGAGAAUCCAAGCCGUUGACCUGAGUGUCAAGGUACGAACUGCACCCGAUCCGGGGCGAGAUAAGCCAAGCGGAGCCUUGAGCACCUUGACUCUUGCUCUGAGCGCUGCAAGGCAAAACCGAAAGCGGCCAAGCCCACUCUCGGAGGCCUGGACCGGGAAGCUCCGCCUUGAAGAUGAGAGAGGAGGGACGAACAACACCCCAAAGCGCUUACCUUUCCGGAAGGGCAUCGCUGCAGAUGAUGCUUUAGCCCCCCUCUUGCAGAAAGUUAGGCGCGGGCAAAGCGGCUGGUUCUCUAACUGCAGGGUCUCGCUUAUCCCGGGGCUUCCAGCUCUCUCUGCCUCGGUGCCUGGAAAUUGGUGCAAUCAGGAAGGAAACGGACAAAUUUGGUCAAUUCCUCUCGGCAGCGUCACCACCUUCGAUUUGCAAAAGGAGGAAGCCGGGUUUGCAGGAUGCAGCCCGCAGAGCGCCGCUUAACCCUUCGCCUCCCAGCCCUGCAGUUUGCUGAGAUGCAAAGCCGGCCCUGA